ACAAACGUCAGUAGCGUUAGCGAUGCAAGGUCACGAGCAGCAAGUUUUGGUGCUUAAAACUUAAUUAAUAUUCGGUAAUACGAGGCCGAGCCAAAAAAAUCAUAAUUUAACUAGUUCUACUGUGCUCAUGUGCUAUUUUGCUGCACCAAAUUUUUCUUAGUGGAUUCUAUUUAAAACGAACAAUGGAUGGUUCUUACGACGAGAUAAUUUCUGAUAACCCAUUCUUCGUUGAAUUGAAGACCGAAUACGUUAAUUUAUUCCAACAUUGUAUAACACAAUCUUGGGUAAUAUGUGUGCCUCGGAUUGGGAGUUUGACGACGCGUGUGUUCACCAUCGAGGACUUCUGCGCUCAUUUGCUGGUGCCGAGCGACGAGCUGCCGGAGACGCACUACAGCACGCUCACCGAAAAACAAGUGACGGUCACUAACAAAGUGAUCACGCUGGAACUCACCAAAGGCCUGCCUCUGCAGAGCCACAUACUAUUUGAAGAAACAUUCUACACUGAAGACUUCAUCAAGUACAAAGUGUGGUGCAUUGAGACUCCUCUUGAGCCAACCGUUAACUUCAGUGAUAACACGAUAUCUAAAGAAUAUCUCACGUCCAUCAAUGACUGCAUUGACUUGCUCUGGACACAAGCAGCUGGCCGGCAAGUGUUGGACCAAAUCGAAAACAGUGUGCAAUCGUUUUUGAAAACUCAUCCAACUCUACCUGUUGCUGUAGGACCGCUUAGAGACACAGUUAGUGAAUUAUACACUCAAUGCCUUCAAAUUGCCCUACAAAACAGGAGACUUAGAGACAAGUCAAAGUCAUGCAAACAAGUUUUGGAAAAUAUAAAACUAGCUGUAGAGUGUUAUAUGCAGCACUUGCUGUUUAAUGCCUUGUUCAAACCAAUAUGUACUUGCUGUGCCUAUGAGGAUUCACACCUCAAUAAAAAAAUAAGGAACAUGUGUGAUAUCCAGCUCAGAGACUUGGAUAUCAAGAAGGAACUAUACCAUGCUGUGCCUAAAGCCAAACAAAUACUUUCUAAGAUAGACACAUACAACACUGUGUUGGAAAAAGUGUUAUGUCUGAAACAGGCCUUAAAUGCUAUCAACAAGAAUGAUGAUGGCAACAGUGUUGGACUACUUACUGCUGAUGAUCUGUUACCCGUAUUUGUAUUCCUCGUCAUAAAGUCUGGUCUCCCAAACUGGUACAGUCAACUUAUGUACAUGAAGGAGUUCCGCUUCAGCAGUGUUGGCAAAGGUGAUGGUGACGAGUGUGCCUUCCUAAUAACUACUUUAGAAGCAGUUGUAGAACAUAUACAAUCUGGUGCACUUGCUGGCUCUCCUGACCCUGAAUCUUAUUAUUAUGAAAGCAAUCUCACAGAAGAAAACUUGAACACUAGAGAAAGGAAGAACAGUUUAACUGAAUCCAUCUCCACAAGUGACACCAACAGCAAAGAAGAAACAUUAGAAUAUAUUUUUGAACUAAUCAAAGCUAAUCAUUGUGAACAAGUUCAGGCUAUACUGCAAAAAAAUCAAAAACACCUUCAAAGUACUCAUGUGAAUGGAAAUAAUGUUCUAAAAAUUACAAUGGAUAAUAAUUUCACAGAUGAUGAUGACGAUGACAGUGAUAUAGAAAUCUAUAACAAGCUCUGUCAUCCUUUGUGUAAUUGCAAGAAAUGCUGUUGCAAGAUUUCUAAAAAUCUUUUGAAAACCUCUCCGACUGUCACUUCUAGGGACGGUCAUGGGCUCACAGCAUUACAUGUGGCUUGCAUCCACGGGAAAGCCAACAUAGUAGAAUCUCUAAUUGAAAUGGGUGCAGAAGUAAAUGCAACAGACCUGAAUGAAUGCACCCCAUUGCACUAUGCAUCAUCAAGGGGUCACCAAAAUGCCUUGCUACUAUUACUACAUUCAGGUGCCAAGAUAAAUCAAGCAAAUAUUGACAAGAACACACCACUCCACAUGGCAGUAAAUAAUGGCCAUUUGAAUUGUGUCAAAGCUCUUAUAUACUUUGCAGAGCACAGCAGAAGGAAAAUUAAAGUAAAUUGUGUGAAUGAGAGCGGGAACACACCGCUACAUAUGGCCUCUAAGUGGGGUUAUGAGGGAAUUGCAAGAUUGUUAAUAGAAAAUGGAGCAGAACCUUCUCUGCAGAAUCGUUACAAUAAAACUGCAUUUGAUUAUGCACACAAUUUGAAGAUAUUGCAAGUGCUCAAGUCUUGCACUCCUAAUUUGUAUGAAUACAUACACAUCACAAGUUCUAAUGUCAAAGUUCUGAACCUCAAGCCUGCUAACAGUCCUCUUGCUGACAAUAUACAGAAAAUAGUCAAAGUCAAUGAAAAUAAUGUUUCAAAGGCAGUAGAAAACCUGAAGUUAAUAGACAGGAUUUUAAAAGCUAUAUCUUAUGGAGAUGUAAAACUGGCUUGCUUUUACAUGAACAUCAAUUACUCUGCUUAUGCAGACAUGAAAGUUAAGCCUGAGACCCCACAAAAGGAUAGUCCUUGCCACCCAUUAUGUGAGUGUUCAGUCUGUAAGAAAAAAACAGAAUCAUAUUCAACAGACUUUGAUAUCAACUUCACAGACACAAAUGGUUUCACUGCCUUGCAUUAUGCAGCCAGAUAUGGUUUAGAUGAGUUAUGUCACAUAUUGAUACUCAACAAUGCAAAUGUGAAUUGUAGUAACAAAAAGAAUCAAACACCUUUACAUUUAGCUGCUUUGAAUAAUAAGACGCAAGUUAUCCGCUUGCUGAUGGACAAUGGCGCGAAUAUAAAUGCAAUUGAUAUAGCUGGGAACACACCGAUGCACAAUGUAUGUGCAAUGGGUAACAUAGGCGCCGCCAAGAUGUUACUCAACUACAGACCUGACUUGACCAAGGUAAAUGGAGCAGAGAAAACUGCAUUGGUAGUAGCUCAAGAGAAUGUUCACUUGACAAUUAUAGAUUUAAUAGAUAAGUAUACACAUACUUACAAUGUAAUCCAAUUAUAUUAAGAAAUUGUAAUUUAUAAGAAUUAUUAAUUAAUGUAUAGGAAAUUAUUUACAUAGCUUUAAUUAUGUAACAAUUUGUGUUAAUCAUUAUCCAAUUGCAUUUUCGAAUACAUUCCAAUGAUGUUUAGUAUGGUUUUGUAUAAGUCACAAUAUUAUAAUUUAUAAUUGUGUUCACUGUUUUGAGGAUACUUUACGUAUGUACCUACCAAUAUAUUACAUAGGAACUAAGCAUUUCCAUAACAAUAGUGCAUGAGUAUAUUAUGUUGAAAUAUUAGUCUGUAAGCUUUUUAAAAAUCGUAGUUGCCUUAGCAGUGAUGUCGUUAGCAUUUCGAAAUUCUUGAUUUCCUACUUCAGCUAUUCAAAUACUCAAAGAUCAGAUCAUAGAUAAAGGCUCAUUUGAAAAGUUGAUAUAUCUUGUUUGCUCUUAAAACGACUUAUGCCAGAAGCUUGCCUUUAAGUUUAAAAUAAGUACUUAUAUUUUUAUAGUUCUUUUCCUUCUAAACGCUUCAAUGUCUUAUUUAUUCUUAUUUUGCCAUUUACACAAAUUAGUGUCUCAACUAUCUGUGCCAUUGUACGUACUCUGUCUACCCACUGUUUUACAGGACUCCUCUAAGACUGAUUUAUUAACAAUAGUAUUUUAAACGUUUUUUACUAAAAAUCAUUGUUAUUUUAUUUUUAAGUUAUGAUGACUGACAAUAAACUUUAUAAUGAAGCAA